CUUGACAGUUCUGUCUUAACGAUUCUGAUAUUAAUGAAACAUCUUUGUAAAGGGUUGAAGUGUCUUCCUGAAUUGUCAAUAUAUUAAUGAAGCAUGCAGUCCUGUGUUGAACAAGACAAGCUGGGACAAGACUUUGAGGAUGCUUUUGAGGUGUUGAGGCAACAUUCAACUGGAGAUCUUCAGUACUCCCCAGAUUACAAAAAUUACCUGGCUUUCAUCAACCACUGCUCUCAUGUCAGAGGACAUUCCAACUGCUAUGGUGUGCUGCCUACAGAGGAACCUGUCUAUAAUUGGAGAACAGUGAUAAACAGUGCUGCGGACCUCUAUUUUGAAGGAAAUACUCAUCAAUCUCUGCCAAAUAUCCCUGAAAACCAACUGGUACAACCUGCUGUUCUCCAUCAAAAGGGAGGAAAAGGCAGGAAGAAGCUCCGACUGUUCGAAUACCUUCAUGAAUCCCUGUGUAAUCCUGAGAUGGCAGCUUGUAUUCAGUGGGUAGAUAAAACCAAAGGCAUCUUUCAGUUCGUGUCAAAAAACAAAGAAAAACUUGCCCAACUUUGGGGGAAAAGAAAAGGUAACCGGAAGACCAUGACUUACCAGAAAAUGGCCAGAGCACUGAGGAAUUAUGGAAGAACUGGGGAAAUCACCAAAAUCCGAAGAAAGCUAACUUACCAAUUCAGUGAAGCCAUUCUCCAAAGACUCUCUCCAUCUUAUUUCUUAGAAAAAGAGAUCUUCUACUCACCGUAUGUUCAACCUGAGCAAGGCUUUCUCAGCUUCAGUAACUGGAAUGCAAAUUAUAAUUGUCCAUAUGCUGAUUAUCAUGAGCUAAGCCACCCUGAUUGCUAAAUAUUCUCUUACAUUUCAUGAUUCCCUGGCAUCAGAAAUCCCUACCAAUUUCAAGAUUUUUCUCUUAAAGCAAAUGCUGGAGAGGGAAAAACAAUUAACUUCAUUGUUUCUAAUCUUUUAUUAAAUAGAUUAUAAUCUGUACAGACUUGGUGAAAAAAGCUGCCAGUGAACGACUUGUAAAUGAUUGAGCCCCAUUUGAAAGUACAGACGAAAUGUCCUUGCUCUUACUAUUGUUUAUGCAACACUUUCAGGUAAACAAUGCUAGUAGAGAUUAUUUGACCUAUAUUGAUUAAAAAAUUGUUUUCCUGUCAUACACUAAGGCAAAAAAAAAUACCACUCUAACAUCUGAUGGCUUUAGUGACAACAAAAUUGCAUAUGGUAGUCUUCAUGCUAAAAUACAUUCAUGAUUUUAAAAAACCUAUUUUCUUUGCACUUCAGACCUCAUGGUCUGUAACCCUGUGGUGCUAAAGAAAUGAUCUAAGGAAAAAACGACCUACCUUAAUGAUAAGAGAACUCCAAAGCUUAUACUUCAGAAAGCAUUUCCUGGCGUUUCUCCCCUGGGGUAGAUCCAGGAGCUAACGUUUCUUGCUACCUGCUACUCAGCCACAAGAAGGUGCUCUUGCCUUGUUACCACUCUCUGGCCCAACUUCGAAACAAGACUUCCUCUUCCCUUGAACUAGCCCAGCUAAGACCAGGCUGGAACAAUUGGAGAAAAAGAAAAGAAAAAGAUUUUGAUAAAGGAUAGAGACUAGCAAAUAAAUCCAGAGAGGAACCAGGACUUGAAAACUAUGGUUUGUUCUCAACAUUCCAUUAGGAAUGAAGAAGGAAACCCUGUUUCUUAACUUCCUGCUGGCAGGUUCAUACAUAUCCCAUCUGUAUUAUCAUGACACAGGAGAGCUUCCUAGACUACAUGGGCUAUCUUCAGUCCAGGCCAAGAGCUUCCUGGAGCCUACCCUAUUUGAUAUGUACCAUUGCCCUUUUUGUGUCCUCCUGGUGUCCUUCAUCCCUCAGGGAUUCUUAAAAACACGGCAGACUAAGUGAAGGUAAUGUUAUUGGCCAUCUGCAAAUGUAGUCUGGCCUUCUGGUAUAAACAAUGCAUCCUCCCCAAAAUCAUAUGUUGAAACUUAAUCCCCAGUGUGAUGGUAUAUGGAGGCAGGUUCUUUGGGAGGAAGAGGUCUCCCAAAUGGGCUUUGUGCCUUGUAAAAGAGACCCAGAGAGCUUCCUUACCCCUUCUGCUUGAGGACACAAGACGGCCUCCUAUGAACCAGGAAGCAGGCUCUUACCAUUGAAUGUGCUGGUGCCUUGAUCUUGGACUUCCCAGCUUCCUGAACUGUGAGAAAUUUCUGUUUGAGACACCCAGUUUACAGUAUUCUGCUACAGCCACCCAAAAGGAGCAAGACAAUUCCAAUCAGUGCUCACCUUAAAAGUAGGACCCAGCAUUUAUGUUCAUUUUCCUACAAAGAAAUAUGUUCUGUAAAUGAACAACAUGAAUUUUACCAGACUUUGCAAAGAGGAAAUGAAGAGGUUUUACUACACAGAUCAUUCAGCCAACAAUAAAAUUUCAUUAACAUGUUACUUCUCUCCACAGUCCCUCUUAAACCCAAUGGCAGCCAGAGGGGUUCAUCUUGACAAUUCUCCCAAAAGCCCCCAGUCAGCCCCCAGUCUGUUUCGUACUGUUCUACAGAGUAGCUUUGUCUUGGGCAGAAAUCUGGGCUCUGACUUUUACCCAAAGUGGGCUGACCAAAGGCCAUUUUCACGAGCAUGUCAGUCCUUAAAGACCAAAACCUCCAUAUACUGUGUGCCAUGUGCCCUACUUCAAACAGGGUGUUACUCCCUGCCACCACCAAAGGACAGGGAAGAGAGACUUGUUAGACUCUAUCAUGGCCCUUCAUUUCCUAGUAUAUGGUAUCCCAACCUCUAUCUUGUCACUGUCACAUGGCUGAAUGACUCAAACUCUUCUCCAGUUAGGUAGUGUCCAGUGCUAAGUGAAACAGACAUGGUUUCUUCUGUUAGGAAAUUUCAAUUCUGUCAAUAUAGAUUUGUAAGUUUUAUUAGUAUUUAACCAAAGUUUACCUAAUGCUUUACCGAAGAGCAAUUUAUUGGUUGAUUGGGCACACAUAUAUUGUGAAGUAUGUAAAGUGCAUCGAUGUGGCAGCAUUAAUUAUAUCUAACCUGUACAGACUGAUACAUAACACCCGCUUAACCAUCAUCUAGAUGAGGAUACUCAGCAUCUCAUAAGGUUCUCUCUUUCCCAAUGCCCACCUUCUUGAACGUAUAAAUGGAAUCAUGCAGUUUGUAUUCUUUUGCAUCUGCUUUUGUUUCCCUCAAUACAAUAUGAAGUUCAUCAGUGUUGCUGGAUAUAAGAGGAAUUUAUUCUUACUGCUUUUCAGCUCCUGAUUUUUAAAAGA